AUGGAUGCCUUGACACACCAUAUUCAAGAAGAGGUGCCACGGUGUAUGUUGUUCGCUGAUGAUAUAGUUCUGAUCGAUGAGUCGCGUAGCGGUGUUAAUGAGAGACUGGAGGUGUGGAGGCAGGCUCUCGAGUCAAAAGGUUUCAAAUUGAGUAGGACCAAGACGGAAUAUCUAGAGUGUAAGUUCAGUGGCGUGACGGGGGAAGCGGACGGGGUAGUGAGGCUCGACUCACAAGUCAUCCCCAAGAGAGAAAGUUUCAAGUACCUAGGGUCUAUUAUCCAGGGAGAUGGGGAGAUUGACGGGGAUUUCAGGCACCGCAUUGGGGUGGGGUAG